AUGCUUCUCGAGGAGCUGCUCCGGUGCCAGAUGCACGAGUGGUACCCGGCCUUCCGCCGCCACUCCAUCCGCACCGUCAUCAUCCCGCUCCCCGCCGCCUUCGUCCGGUACCUCGUCGGCCAGCCGGCCUACCCCGACCUCGACGCCGACGCCGACGCCGACGCUGACACUGACGACGAGCCGCUCCCGUUUCUCCUCCCCGCGAUAACCUCCGGCCGCCAGCCCUUCGCGCCCAUCCACGCGCACCACCCCGACCCGGUCUCCCUCAACUCCGACUUCUUCUUCGGCUCCAGCAACGAUGACGUCUUCGACCCCGACGCCGACCACCCGCUCCGCCCGGAAUUCUCGGAGCUGGAGGCGGCCAUCGACGCCGCCAUCGCCGAGCUAGGCGGCGCCGCGCUCCCCAAGCUUAACUGGAGCGCGCCCAAGGAUGCCACCUUCAUGUCUGCCGAUGGCACGACUCAGUGCACGUGCUUCGCCGAGGUUGCCAUGCUGCUCCGCUCCUCCGAUUGUGUGGCCCACGACCUCGCCUCUGCGAGACAAUCAUGCGAGGAUUUCGUGCGCCCGGAGGGUGCUCGACGGAAUGCCCAAAAAGUUAGUGCCGGUGCCGAGGAAGUGGCUCGACCAAAUGCCGAUGAGACUCAUGGCAGCGAAGGCACCAAUGGAGUUCCAAGUAAUUCAAGCAAGAUAGGUGAGGAGGGAGGCAAGACAAAUGAUGAGGACUCUGAUGUUGAAGCUGCAACAGAAGAACAUGGGCGGCUCAAGCUGAUAGAUUUCAAUCCAUGGGGUGGUUAUACCUUGCCGUUGCUGUUUACUUGGGAGGAGCUUGAGGAGGAAGGGAGAGGGCCUGAGCUGGAGUUUCGGGUGGUCAUGCAGCAGGGUGCAGUGAGGCCAGGAUUGAUGACAGCAGUGCCGUAUGAUAUGCUUGAUUGGGGAGAGGGGAGUGGCUGGGAUGUUUUUCUGAAGAAGGCUGAUGAGGAGCUUGACAGACAGAUGAACUCACUAGAUGAUGAUUCAUGA